AUGCCAACGAAGGUCAAGAAAAACGUGUCUGCGAAGAAAGCAACAACCCGCCGGUUUGUACUCGACUGCAGUGCACCAGUUGGAGACGCUAUCCUUGACACGGCGUCCUUAGAAAAGUUUCUACAGGAUCGCAUCAAAGUCAAUGGAAAGACCGGCCAGCUGGGUGAUUUUGUUGCUGUGUCCCGCGACGGACGAACGCGAAUCGCGGUGGUUACACGAGUGCCGUUCUCGAAGCGAUACCUCAAGUACCUCGCGAAAAAGUACCUGAAAAAGCAGCAGCUCAGAGACUUUCUUCGUGUCGUCGCAACUGGACCUGACACAUACGAGUUGAGGUACUUUAGUAUUCAUGAUGAGGACGUCGAGAAAGAUGAGGAGGAUAUGGAGGAAGAUGAGUAA